UGGAAUUUAUAUUUAGGACAAUUAAUGGAAACCGCAAGCGGGAAAUUUGUAAAGAUUUUGGAUUUCAUUCCAAGAUGCUGCCAAGUACACUAAGCCAGAAACCAAAGGCACACACAGAGGACAGCAACGAAACUUUUUCACCACUUUAAGUUUAAGCUUAGGCGGCUGUGCUGUGGCAGCAACUUUCACUUGAAGUCUUCGAAUGGAGUUCGACAACAGCCACCAGGCAUUCUGGCAUAGCCAUCGUGUUGGAGGAAGCGGAGGUCGGAAAUCCCUCUCAGUGGCUUUUAAUGACGAGCGGCUUUACUACAUAGCGCCACAGCAGCCUCUGUUGCGUAAUGAGGAUGAGGAUGACUAUCCGGAUGUUUCCCUCCCUUCUCUGGCCGGUUCAGGCCCAGCAGCGGCAGCAGCCUCGUUUCUUUUUAAUGACACAUCCAGUUCCACAGAGCUCACCAUGCGCGAUGCGUAUGCUUCGAUGUCUGGGACAUCGAAUGGCCCCAUUGAGCUAGAGCCAUUUAAUGUCACGGUCUUGAUGAAUUUCAGUUGCGCGGACUCAGAAAUACAAUCGGAUGACUUGUGGUCCAGUGUGUACUUUAAGAGUACCGUAUAUCUGCUAUACAUUCCCAUAUUCAUAUUCGCUCUACUCGGAAAUGGCAUUGUCUGCUAUAUUGUGCAAUCAACGCCACGCAUGCGUACAGUUACCAAUUACUUUAUUGCCAAUCUGGCCCUAGGCGAUAUCCUGAUGUCACUCUUCUGUGUGCCCUCAUCCUUCAUUUCGCAGUAUAUCCUCAACUAUUGGCCCUUUGGCAUUGUACUCUGCCAUUUCGUCAACUAUUCGCAGGUGGUUUCGGUGCUGGUUAGUGCCUACACUUUGGUUGCCAUCAGCAUUGAUCGAUAUAUAGCCAUAAUGUGGCCACUCAGGCCGCGUAUUACCAAACGUUAUGCUAAAUUUAUCAUUGCCGGAGUUUGGUUUAUUGCACUUGCCACAGCGUUUCCCAUUCCCGUGGUCUCUGGCCUCGAUUUACCCUCAUCCCCGUGGCAUGAGAAAUGCGAAAAAUAUAUAUGCAAGGAGAUUUGGCCCUCCAGUGAGCAGGCUUACUACUACACUCUGGCCCUGUUCACACUGCAAUUUGUUGUGCCACUGCUGGUGCUCAUUUUCACCUACACACGCAUCGCAAUCGCCGUGUGGGGUAAGAGACCACCUGGCGAGGCGGAGAACUCGCGGGACCAGCGUAUGGCACGCUCCAAGCGUAAGAUGAUUAAAAUGAUGCUGACGGUUGUAAUUGUAUUCACCAGCUGCUGGUUGCCAUUCAACAUUCUGCAGCUGAUGCUCAAUGAUGAGGAGUUUGGAAAAUGGAAACCACUGCCCUAUGUAUGGUUCGCCUUCCAUUGGCUGGCCAUGUCGCACAGCUGCUACAACCCGAUUAUCUAUUGCUAUAUGAAUGCCCGCUUCCGUGGCGGCUUUCUACAGAUUAUGUAUCGCGUGCCCGGCCUGCGUCGCUGCUGCUGUCUGCGGUAUUUGCGCAGUCGCGGCGAGCGUAGUUACGAAGCAACUGGAACCGAAGAAGCAUUCCACCUACAUCGUGUGAACACCUGCACCACUUACAUCAGCACAAGGCGAAAGCUGCGCACGAAUUCUAUGCAAGUGAGUCAAUUUUCAUGUGCAGAGACCACAGUGUUACGAUAGCUGCCCCCGGGGAGGAGUCAGCGAGCAAAAUCUCGAGUGCGUUUCAUGUGAAUGGCGGCAAUAGGCCGAGAACCUUUGGCUGCACUGAGUUCUGAAGGAUAAACCAAUGAUCCAAGAAUACGUCUGCUUGUGUGUCUGUGUGCAUGCGUGUGUGUGUGAGUGUAUGCGUGUUUAGCUGAUUGUUUCAAUUGUGUUGAUUGUAUAAAAAACUAUGUUAGAACUCAAUGUAAAUGUACAAUUAUUAAAUGUAUAUUAAUGUAACAGUAAUCGAUUUAAAAAUAUAUAAAUACUACCACCUA